UUUCCAACCUAAAUCGGGGUUUCCAGCAUAAAUAUCCUGGUUAACCGAGGUGGGUCCUAACGGUCCGUCGAUAAGCCAACUGCAGGGGCGGCGCCGGCGGCGCCGGCGGCGGUAGCGCUCUCCAGAUUUUCGUUUCGUCCUUAAUCUUCACCGUUCCAGUUAUGGAUCAGGUCAUUUUUCAAGCCAUUCGGGGCGACAUAGUAUCUAAUGACGUCAGCCGGCAGACCUCCGCAAUCCUAGUCGCCUUACAGCUGGCAGCCGGCGGUAAGGACGUAUCCUGUCUCGCGUCGCUCCUCUGCACGGAGUUAAUCGCCGGCAGCGCGAACGCUGUUAGCAAGCAGCUCGCGUACGAUGCGCUCCGCACCGCGGGCCACUUAACGGACGACGACUGGGACGUGGUGUGCCGGGGCAUGCACAAUGAUUUCAGCUGCCCGGAUCCUGACGUCACCGCCGCCGCGCUCCGCUUCGUCGUCGCGCUUCCGGGCUGGCGGGUCGGAAAGUUUCUCGACGAUCACUCUAAGGAGCUCUCUAACUGCAUAGUCCACGACCACUCCGUCUCCCUCCUGGACCGCGUCUCGCUCUGGUGGCGCCAGAUCGGCCUCUCAAUGCUAGAUCCCUCCGAUAUAGUCGCAGCGGCGGCCAUUCGACGCCGUGGGCCGUCUAUUUUCCGAAUUCGCCACGAAAAAAAUGAGUAGAAUCGCUGCGCAGAGGCUCGUUCCGACCGAGUCCUCCGCCGCGGUGCGCGCGCAGCUGGUGGUGGCGCUGACCGGGCUGGGUGUGGGGGAAGCGGGACAUGUUAAUCGCGCGUGCGGGCCUGCUUACCCCGGACGCCUUCCGCUCGUCGAUCUACCCGCUUGCGUACGCCGCCCGGGCGUUUGCGACUGGCCUCGGUGGACGAUCUGCGAAUGAUGCUGAAUCCCGAGGAGGAGGGAGCCCGGAGGCGACGAAGCAGCAGCGUGUCUGUGGGUGCGACU